AUGUUGCCGAAAUCGCUUUGGCGUGCGGCGUUCUUGGCCUGUGCCGCCCUUACUCCCGCGAUUCGCGCCGACGGUGCAAAUCCCCCCGGUCAAUCAACCUUCAUAUCCCCGGGCAACAGUGUCGCCUUUGCCUUUACCGUGCCCAACGACAACGACAAUCCUAGAAGCACAUUUUUCAGCAUUCGCGUCCCCAAGAAGUACACUUGGGGCGGCGUUGGCCUCGGCAGCGACGACAUGAAGGGUGCAUUAUUCUUGAUCAUCUACCAGAACGGAGACGGCACCAACGUCACCUUCUCUCCGCGUAUAGCCCAUGGCAACUACGAGCCCUUCUUCUUCCGUGAUAUGCGGUGGACAGUCAUCCCGAAUCAAACGGGUAUUAUUGACGACUACAUGAUUUUUACGGCCAUGUGCACCGAGAGUUGUCGCACCUGGCCCGGCGGAGACACAACUGGUGGCUACAUUGACGUCUCCUCGCCGGCCCAACCAGCCAUUUAUGCCGUUGGCCCUGAGGGUACGCUCAAGGACGAUAGCCCCAGUGCCGGAUUGAGGUACCAUCAUGAGUACGGCGUGUUCAAUAUCGACAUGAGGAGGACAAGGGGUGCCGCGGAUGCGCCUGUCCUAGACACGCACACCAGGCUUGAUGGGGCUGUGCAGGUCUCCAGCGUUACUACAAAGGGGGACUUGAAGGCGACACUGCAUGCCGCAUUCAUGAUUUUUUCCAUAAUUGGUCUCAUGGGCUUCGGUGGUAUCUUGCUCUUGCCCGCUGUUGGCUUGGCAAAAUGGCAUGCCUUGAAUCAGAUUGUUGCUACAAUGGGCGUGCUAGGUGGUUUAUUUCUGGGUGUCUUGGCCAGUUUCAACUAUCAGAGGUCCCGGAGCUUCAAGCACCAUCAUCAAGUGCUCGGUUACAUCAUUGUCGCAUUCAUCUUGGCGCAGUUAGGAUUGGGAGUCCAGCAUCAUUUCAAGCACCAGCGGACGAAGGCUCCCACCAUUUUUGGCCAGAUACACGUGUGGUUAGGAAGACUGAUUCUUCUUCUAGCUGCCGUCAACGGCGUCAUCGGGUUUACCUUUGCUCUGAAGGGCACAUCAGCCAUCGUUUUCGGAGUAUUCGUAUGCGUUUUCACUGUUGCAGCCGUUCUGUUAAGACUACGGUACUUUCCCAUCAAGAGUCAUAAAUUCCAACCUGUUGGUGCUCAACAGUCACACACGUGGCGACAAAGCUCUGGUUACAACGCGGGCUACUCUUCAAGGCAUCCGCCAGGCUACGAGCCACCCUCACAGCAAAUUGGCUUGCAAGCCACUAGGUCCUCCUCGGAGAACUCGCCAUGGAAGAGCGGUAAUAACAAGGAUUGCGAAGACGACGAGCCGCAACUAGGAAACGCCCAGAGGCCCCGAGAGUUUGCAUAA